AUGAAAAAGGCGGGAAGAAAUUACUGUCCGUAUUGCAACAAGAGGUUCGACGAUGCCGGCCAAUGUAUCGCGCAUUUAACCGAGCACGGGAUCAGCGAGGCCACAACCUGCCCCUACUGCGGCGAGAUAUUCCCUGCGACAGACCUCCUAGACACCCACAAGUCCAUAUACAAGAUGGUUGAGAUCCCUGAAGCCGUGCCCCCAGCGCCGACCAAGGAGCGCCCUCCAAAAGUUGAGUACAAAAUUCGCAAGGGCUGGAUGAGGUAUAAGUGGACUUGCCAGGAUUGUUUCAAGGGCUUUGAAGGUGUCGUGCCUCUGAGGGCUCACGUGCAGAAAGAGCACAAGAAAUGCUUCGCCAUAAAGUGUAUGGACUGCAACAGAAACAUGAGGAACUAUGCUAAGUUCGUAGAGCACGUCCACCAGCACCAGCCGUCUCUGAAGUAA